UGUCGCCGCCGCCGCUGCGCCCCGGGGGGCGGCCGCCUCCUGGUCUUGCUGGCUCUGCUGCUGCCCGCGCCGCCUCCCGCCCGCGCCCCCGCACCCCCGCGUCCUGCCGCAGCCUUGCUCCAGGCCCUGGGGCUGCGCGACGCGCCCCGGGGCGCCCCCACGUCCCGGCCCGUGCCCCCCGUCAUGUGGCUCCUGUUUCGCGGCCGGGACCCCCAGGAGACCCGGGCCGGCUCCCGACGGACGCCCCCGGGGGCCUUGCGACCGUGCCGUGAGGAGCUGGGGGUCGCCGGCAACAUCGUGCGCCACGUGCCGGGAUCUCGGUGUAGCGGGGCCUGCGCUGGGGGCCGGGGGAUCGCGUCCCGGGGGGCGCCCCGAGGGUCCCCACCCGCGAGAUCCCUGCGCGCCGUGGACCCCGCCCCCCAGCCGCCUCCCACCAUCCCAUAG